ACUUCUUAUUUGGUGAGUAUCCAUCCAAUUCUAAAAACGCUUAUCAAGUCCGUUCUAUAAAAUACACGAUAAGAUAGUGUAAAAUAAGGAAUCUAGACCCAUCAUUCCGAAGUAUAGUCCUUAAAGUUCGCAUUUUCUGCAUCCCGAUCCAACAUAUAUGAAAAUCGUUCUUUAUUCGCCUUCACAUAUUGCGGUGCGUCAUAACCCGAUUGUACACGCUCAUACAACUGGCCCUCACGAUCGAACAGGUCCAGCCCAUUCCGAACCCUUCGCACGAUUUCCUGCGGCUCCCGGAACUCCGGCUUGUUGUACUCUGUGUGGGAAAAGCUCUCCAGCUUCUUCGCCAUCUCAGCCACUGUUGAAAAGCAGGAGCUGCAGUGCCAGCUGGCAUUCCACAGAUCAAGUGCGCCGCCACCCAUCCGUAGGUCUUCUGGUUUGAUUGUUUUCUCUGGCCCUUGGUAGAAUGUCGCUUGGGGAUGGUGCCAUUCAUCGCCGACAUGUUGCCAUUGGAAGGAGUAGUAGAAGAAACGGCUGCGGAGGGUGACACGCUCCGGAAAGGCGCAGUUUCUGAGAACGUUCAGGGUAGAUGGCCGGGGAAUUUCGUCGACGUCUGAUACCAGGAUAACAUCAUUGAGUGAAGGCUCCGCAUCACCGACUAAACUGGGAAAGACAGAAUCGAAGAGUCCGUUGCGAAGGAAAGCUUCACGCUCCCAGGUGCUGUUGGAUCCUAAGCUGGAGAUAUCGAGAUUGUGGUAAAGUAUUUGAGAUUGGAAAGGAGCGAAGCGGGUAAAGUUCUCCUUGAAAUGGAGAGGCUUGGGUUUCUGAGUAAAUAUCUUGCGAUGUUGUGCUCGCUCCGGGAAGAUUGAUAGGUCGUACGUGCUGCACAGCGUUUGGGCUUUGGCAAUGGAUAGGAAGCCAUUGUUUGGAGCGCUCCUGGAAUGAAAUCGUAGGUGCCGGUAUGGCGUGCGGUUGACAAGAUCAUACGUCAAGACCAGUAACACUGAUAUGAGUAGGCCCCGCCAUAUUCUAUUCGGUUGCUUAGACAUUCGCGCGCCUCAGUUUGCUGUGGUUCUGAAGUUAUAAAACGAAUCCAGCAUGCUAGGAGAAGUAGCACCGUGUGCUUCAUAGUCUACCGGAGUUGUAAAUCCUUGAAGAUGGCCCCAAGGGAAUGACUUGGACACAACAAGGCAUAAUAUAUUUUCAAACUAUGAAUAAACCGGAUAAUGCACGUUUCUCUACCUCCGUCGUUUCCAAGAUUGACCAACAGCGGAUGCCCAACAGGAGGACAUAGGAGGGGCUCACUCCCUUAGCUGUGAUCAAGGCAUAAUUAUCCCCUUUGCAGAGAUCUCUUUCAAGGCUGCCUAUUAUUUAACAUCUUAUUGCCAAUCUGGACCAUCAAUUGGUCAAGGGUCCCGGACCGCGGGAUUUCAGGUUAGAACAAAGCUGAUAUAGAGGCGGAAAAAGAAAAUAUAGAUAGAAUAGUUAGUUUCCCCAAAUCUCAAGCCAGUCAUCCGCGGCACGCCCCAUAACAUACACACUGGCUACAUCGAAAAAAGAAAUAACAGGAAAGGGAAAAGAGAGAAUGUAAGAGAAGUUACCUAAUAGAAACUUGAGCGGGAGUUGGAGUCGAAACAGUCUCGACUACAUCGGAACAAAUGUUGAUAUGGACGCCAGCCACCUUUCGACCUGCUGCAGAGUGGGAUUGCUGAGGUCAGGAUAUUGAAAUCUGUCAUCUAGCGAACAUGGAUAUUUCCCUCAUUGAUUGAUCUUCGAAGUGGUGCAGAUGGUCCUCCUGGUUGAUGUGCCCUUCCUUCACUAAGCAAAUAUAUACCCACUCCAUCUGUACAAGACAAUAUGGGCGUCAAUGCUGUGUCGCUUUGUCGAUGGACUUUUAAACGAGGCCCCUUCGUCUAUUUAAUAAUUUUCGUGGUGACCAUCUGCGUCUACCUCAAUGUGAAAUCCAUAGCAGUCGGAUUCUCUGAGUGGAAUUCUCAAGUGGACAUGAAGGCCCUGCGGCCUGUUACCACAAUCACAUCAUGUCCUUCUUUGAAACCCAAUCUUAUUCUGAGCGCCGUGGAUGGAGCGAAAAUGUUGGACCAGAUAUUCAUCUUUAUGCAGUCGCUGGAGCUGGCAGUCGGCCACGAUGUGCCAGACCACUCUGCCUGCCUCCCAGUCAAAGUCCUCGUGAAAAUCAUCACUCCUCCCGACGUCGCUCGAACCCCCUCAGACGGCCUCAAAGCUCUGCUUGAAAGGUACCCCUCUCUGGAAUUCGUCGGGGUGCUACCCGAAACGGAUGCACCUAUUGUCAUGAGGCGGUUUCAGGGGUUCGCCAAUUUCGUUGGGGGCGUGCCGACUGCUUGGGACAAGAUACUCGUUUGCGACCUCGACGUGGCAUUCCAGCGCAACCCAUUUAACAUGGAGAUGGGAAGCGGUACUGAACUGCUCUACUUCGCAGAGUGGCGCGGCUUGAAAAUUGGUCAAUGUAAAGUGCAUGUUGGUUGGUUCGAUGCGUGCGCUCGUUCCUAUAUGUCGCAAAACCAAGCGGAGUCUUACAAGUCCCUGGAUCGCCUGUGUGCCGGGUCGACAUACGGUACUGCAAUGGCAAUGGCAGUGUAUUUGCGGACCAUGGCAGCGGAGCUGAUGUGGUCAAAGUAUGAAUGCAAUGAUCAGGCUAUCCACAUCCAUAUAUUCUAUUCAAAGUUACUCGACACCAAGUUGACUCAAGCGGGGCUCGGACACGCAUCCAUGGUGCCGAAUGAAGAGGCGCUCUUUGGCACGGUCGGCACAACACCGAUUGUGAAUAUCAAUGAGUGGGGCGAGGCAUUGAACGAGAGGGGAGACGUUCAAUAUGCCGUGCAUCAGUACAAGACACACCGUCGCCUGUCGGAGAUUAUUUGGAAACGAUACGGCUGGAUAACGGAGGUCACAGGGAAAGCCGUGCAUUCCGUUCCAGAUUUGAUAGAGGAUACAGAAUGGAGUAAAGAAAUGUCGACUGGAAGCGGAAAGCUGGCCCGUUUCAAACUAGGGAGUGCUACUUCUGAGUUAUGUGCAGGUGAGGGGACAAUGUAUUCGUGUAAAUAUGAGGAUUGCCAGAUGGAUUAUGGGGAGUUUGAACCUUGAAUGUCACCGCAAGUAUGUCAAAACAAUAAUGAAUGGUUGCUCGUAUAAUUUAUCUAUUAAUCAGUCCCCAGUCAAUAAACAUUAAAUUCCAUGUACCACUCACGCUUUCCAAAACUGAUCACCAAGACACUGUAUAACCUCCCAAAAAAUUAAGUACAUGUACACAGAUGGUUAAAUAGCAGCUGACGUUAUAUCAACAUUAUAAUCCCUCAAGUGGGAGGGGGGGUGGCAAUAG